AUGCCAAACGAAAUCCGAGAUCUCAGCUCUGUCGACGAGAGCAGCUUCCCAUACAUUUUCCAGAAGAAUGUAACCAUACCACUGAAAAGCAGUUCUGGUUUGGUCAGAGCAAAUGUAUACCGACCGAGGGGCUCAGAUCAGACUCCUGUGCCCGUACUAGUGACAUAUGGACCAUAUGGCAAAGACAUCUACUAUGGUGAUUUCCACGAAUCAUCCUUUUCGGAAGUCAACCCAGAGCAGAAAUCCUCGCACUCAGCAUGGGAAGUACCUGAUCCUGGAUAUUGGACGUCUCAGGGCUAUGCUUGCCUGAGAGUAGAUGAACGAGGACUUGGCCAGUCACCAGGUCUUCUGGACACCAUGUCGAAAUCGACCAGCGAAGCGUUCUUUGACGCCGUGGAAUGGGCGGCUGAACAGCCUUGGUCAUCUGGAAAGGUUGGCUUGCUCGGUAUCUCAUAUUAUGCUGGAAGCCAAUGGCGAGUUGCAGCCUUGCAGCCAAAGGGUCUGAGUGCCAUCAUCCCCUGGGAAGGCAUGUCAGAUUAUUACCGAGAUCGAUGCCGACAUGGUGGGAUUUUGUCAAACGCCUUCAUUGAAUUUUGGUGGAAUCGUCAGGUCGUCACGAAUCAGUAUGGUCGACCGGGUCGGAAGAAUCGCAAAUGGGGAGAGGAUACGAUUGAGGGCGAUUUGGGUGAAGAAGAGCUCCUUGCCAAUCGAAAUGACCAAAAUAUCGAUAAUGCAUCAAACGUGUUCAGGGACGAAGGAUACUACGCGUCCAAGGAAUACAACCUCGAAGACAUCAAGGUACCGUUACUCUCAGUGGCUAACUGGGGAGGAAUCCUGCUCCAUCUACGUGGUAACGUCGUUGGUUAUAUGAAAGCCGGAUCCCCUCACAAAUACCUACGAUUCAUCACUGGUCGACAUGACUUACCAUUCUACUAUUCUGAGGAGGUUGAGUUGCAGAAAAGUUUUCUAGAUGCGUUCCUCAAAGGUGAUGACCAGAAGGGAUGGUCCACAGGGAAGAUGCCAGCGGUGGAUAUCGUCCUUCGCAAGGGUGACGUGGGUUUCAACAACGCCGAAGCCGAGCGAGCAUACACAAGGCGUACGGAAACUGAAUGGCCAAUUGCAAGGACUCAAUAUACCCCUUAUUACCUUACUCCGGACAAGGCGCUGUCCACAAGCAAACCCUCAGUCGCAAUUCCAACUAAACUAUCGUACAAAGCACUAGGCACACUCAAAGCGCCCGAAGUGAUUCAAUUCUCAACACCACCCGUGGAAGAGACUACCGAGAUCACCGGGCACAUCACCGCACGACUCAAUGUGUCGAUGAACGCGUAUAUUGGCGGCACACUACCGAAAGACAUCGACCUCUUUGUGACACUGAGACAUCUCUCGGAAAAGGGCGAAGUCUUCUACACUGGAACAGCUGGCGACCCGGUGCCAUUGUGCAAAGGAUGGCUUCGGACGAGCAUGCGGAAAAUCAAUACCUCGCAUCCUUACCAUCGUGAAUACUUGCCUCACCGAGACUAUUUCAGCACGGAUGUCCUGCCAGUUCUGCCCGGGGAGGUGUAUCCGGUGGACAUCGAAUUGUGGCCGACCAACGUCGUCCUGGAGAAAGGAAGUCGCUUAGUGUUUGAAAUUUCGUCCGGCGACACCCAGGGCAGUGGUAUUUUCUUGCACGUUGGAGAGAAAGACAGGUGA